AAAACAUUUAAAAGAAUAAAUAAGACAAUAAAUGAAGAGAGAAGAGUAAAGAAAAUCUCAUUGAUUAAAUGAUGGAAAUCUCCAAAUCAUCAAGUUCUCCAUCUUUGAUUCUUCAAAAUCCAAUUUCAACCCAUGUUUCUCUCACUUUCUCUCUCCAAAAACUAACUAAAACCCUAGAAAAUUAGAGAACUAAUCUAAAAUUAUGUACAUGGUUUUGAAGUUGCCCUUAAAAAUAAAAGAGCAAAUGUAUUUAUACUAAAGCCUAAAUAAGAAAUUAAAAAGAGAAAAGAAAAAGAAAAUUAAAAUAAAACAAGAGAAAUAAAAAGAAUUAAAAAGAUGAGAAAGAAAAAGGAAAAAGAAAAAAGAAAAUAGAAAAAAGAAAGAGAAGAGAAAGAAUUCAAAAAGAAUAAAAUAAAAGGAAAAGACAAAGAAAUUUAAUAAUAAUGGAGUCAAAAUCCCUAAAAAAUGAAACCCGCAGACAUUCAGACCCUCCGUCAUUUUGUUUUCUUUGCUUUGGUCCUUCGCUGCGCUCUCAUCUCCGUGCAUCCUCCUCUCCAUCAUCAACGGUUAUCAUCCUUAAUCAUCGUUCAUCCAUCAUCACCGUCAAUCGAUCUUCAUCAUCCUCCUCCAAUUCAUCACCCAUUCAAUCGUCGAUUAACAUCAUCAGCAAUCAUAAUCAUCCAAUGGCCCAAAUCGUUGCCCAAUAAUCGUCAAUCAGUAUGUUUAUUGCUUAGAGAAUCGUCUAUGUAAACUGACAAGAUUAAGCCAUUUUAUAGGCUUUUACAAUGAAAGUGUAACGCUCGUGCUUAAUUGCACAUAAUUGGACAAUAAAUACGUAAUGAAGGCCAGCUUCACCAAGGAUUCGUAACGGUUGUUUUGAUCCCAACCGUUGAGAAGGAGUUCGAACGGUGCCACCAUGUGCCUUGCUGGGAGCCACGUACACAAUGCUUGCCACGCUUGCCCAUGUCACCAAGAGGGUAUUUUCCCCCCUAACAGCCCUGUUGUUGAUUUGAUUACGGAUGACACCCGUGCUCCUGUGAUUGUGAUUAUGGCUGGGAUCCGCAGCACGGAUAUAUCUGCGGGGCAGAGGGUUCGGCUCUUCCUUCUGACCCUUGUGAGUAGAGUGAUGGCCCCGGACAGGAGUAGCCGGGUGCUGGUUGGCUUCAUGGGGGAUUUGAGUGACUUGAGGGUUGUUUCAGACCUCAACUGGGGUGGUCUGACAUACAACCACCUUUUGUAUGAAAUGAAGAACGCCUCUCGGACUGCACUGGAGAGCAAGGCGAGUGUUUCUGCUUUGUGAAGCGUGCUGGAGAUCUGGGCGUACGAGCAUUUUCCGACUUUAGCGCCAGCUCGUCCUGGGGUUGCGGCUUAUCCGUAUGCUGCCUCUUGGGUAGGAGAGGUGCGCAGCGAUGUAUCUUUGGAGACCUUCCGCAGAGCUCUGCGGGUGUUGCUUGUUGGACAGGUGGUUUGGCGUCCUUUUGCUGGUACGCCUACACCUGCUUCGGCCAUGCCGGCCUAAAUUUUGUCUGCGCGGCGGGUCUUGCAUCCGGGGGUGUAUCGUCAUAUGUGGUAUCUGGGGGAGCGAGUGUCUCUUCAACAUAGUACGAGAGGCAGGCUUGUCCCUAAGGACCCUCCGGAGACCAUGUUGGCAAAGAUUGAAGAUGUUGCCCAGCUCUAUUUAGAUGCCGUGGAGGCUGGGGACGAGUCCAUUUGUCUCCUUUGGGAGAAUUUUGUAGAUAGCAGAGGCAGUCAUGAUGGCCUUUUAGCGAGGCUUGCUCCACCUGUACGAUUCGUGCUGCUGGCGCCUCGGGUGAGAUUGCGUCGCUGGAUACGUGUGAUUGACUCCCUGAAGAGGCAUUGCGCCAAUCUGACCAAGAAGCUUACUGGCCGGGAUAGAGAGGAGCGCCGCCAAGGUCGCAGAGAUUCUGUGGACAGGGAGUCCCCGGUGGAUACUUUGAGAGAGCAGGCUGGGCAGAGCUUAGAUCAGGGCCCGGGUCCUAGUACUCUCCAGAGGCAUUCUGAUGUUGAGAGGGGAGUUGUUCCCUUUACAUAUGCUGAGCCUACCAGGCAUUCUGUUAGAGGUCGGGCAACCAGAUACCUUUUACGCCUCCCCCCUGGUACUUAUUUCGGAGCGAGUAGCUCCCAGACCUUAAGUGCAGAGUCUUGGGCUUAUUGGCAUAAGAUGGGGCGGAUGCGCCAGGCCUAUGAUUUUGAGAUGCAGCGCCAGUUUAUGGCGAUCCUGCAGCCUUAUCAGUACCCUUCCUAUCAGCAGGGAACUCAUCGGCCUCCCGGUACCCUUCGUAUUUCGGAGCAGGAGCCUGUUACCCCUGGGACGGAGAUAGACCGGGAUCUGGAGCGCUAUAUGAGUCAGAACAGGAACAAGGAGCCUGUGAUUGAAAUUGCGGCUAAUGAUGAUUCAGAUUGAUCCUUCAUGGUAGCGAGUUCCCGCUUGCCUCGAUCGUACUUUUGUAUGAGGAUUUUUGUAUGGAUUUUUGUAGCUUGUAUAUUGGAUUUGUAUUUUUAUGGUUUGUACUUGGAUUUUGUAA